UCCGUCUGAGCUAGUACUAAUCACCCGAGAUUCCUUGCUUCCUUCGAAAUGGCAAAGGCAGGCACCAAUUCUUGUGUGCCGGUUAGGGGAGAAACUUGCAUCAUAAGCAGCUCUGCACACGGUUCUUAAGCUCCAGCCGCGGAGAACUCACCCAAUCGAGCUAGGAUCGAUCGGCAGAAACACAAGAGCAGGACCGAAUCAUUUGCUCCAUCAAGCAGAUCAAAUAUGCAAGGGAUCACAAAGGCGCUGCGCCUCCAUGGAAGGCAACUACGGCACGCGGUCCAGCAACACAUGAACAAGGGGAUCUUCUCCUGGGCCACCCUGAUCUCGCGCAUACAGAGCGAGUCGCCGACUGUGAUCAUACCUCACAUGGGGCUCGAGAACAUCACGGUCAGCGAGAUCCUCAAGGCGAAAGGGGAGGCUGAAGCUGGAGCAGUCUACUGGUGCGACGCCAGCAAUCUGGUACAUGAAGCUGUCAAGCACAUGACAGCCCAUAAUGUUGGAGCUCUAGUGGUGCUCAAGUCAGGGGACAUGAAGCAGCUUGCAGGAAUUGUAACUGAGAGAGAUUUUGCCAGGAAGAUCCUCUUGCCAGGGCGACCUUCAGAAGAAACAAGAGUUGAAGAUAUCAUGACAGAAGAGGACAAGCUAAUUACAGUGUCCAGCAGAACCAAUAUCCUACGUGCGAUGGAGGUAAUGACAGACAAGCAUAUCAGACAUGUUCCUGUUUUCGAUGAGAAGGUAGUUGGUAUGAUUUCUGUUGGUGAUGUUGUUAGAGCAAUCGUGGACCAACAGCACCAGGAAGUAAGACAGCUGAAGAAGUAUAUCAGAGGAGAUUACUAUUAGAAUUGCUUUUAGCCUUUUACAUUUGGUAAAGAAAUUGUAUGAAUUCAUUCAUGAUAUUUAACAAAGAUAUAUA